GGACCCGCCCACCUGCUCAAGUGGCAGCGGUGAAUGGUGAGAGAUAAUCCUCGGCUCGACAUCAGACACACAAACAGAGCUGAGCUGCCUCUGGAUCUGGAUGCGGGCAUCCUCGGAUUCUGCCUCCUAGCACGGGCCCGCAGCACGGAAACUUAACGGGACAACGAUGGUGCACGCCUCGGCACCUCAAUCCGUGGCUGCUGGUCGUUCAGGGGACCCGGGAGCGUGGUCAAUGUGACAUUCACUCGCACGCUGGUGUUGAGUUUUAUUGUUCUGGUCCUGUAGACGCAGACGAGCGGCGAUUCUCUGGGAAGAUGUUGAGCCGAUUUAUGAGUGGCAGCAUCAGGAAUCUUGAGCGGGAAUACAGCUGCACGGUCAGACUGCUGGACGAUACGGAAUAUACGUGCACCAUUCAGCGGGAUGCAAAGGGACAGUAUCUGUUUGACCUCAUCUGCCACCACCUCAACUUACUGGAGAAAGACUAUUUUGGCAUCAGAUAUGUGGAUCCAGACAAGCAGCGGCACUGGUUGGAGUUCACAAAAUCAAUCGCAAAGCAGAUGAAAUCUCAGCCUCCGUUCACUAUGUGUCUGAGAGUCAAGUUCUACCCUCCUGAUCCUGCUUCUCUGAAGGAGGAAAUCACUCGGUAUCUUGUCUUCCUGCAAAUCAAGAGAGACCUCUACCACGGUCGGCUCCUGUGUAAAACCUCGGAUGCGGCCAUGCUCGCUGCCUACAUCCUUCAAGCUGAGAUUGGCGAUUACGACCCUGGGAAGCAUCCUGAAGGUUACAGCUCCAAAUUCCAGUUUUUCCCCAAACAUUCGGAGAAACUGGAGCGACGGAUUGCAGACAUACACAAGACAGAGCUGAUUGGGCAGACACCUGAAACAUCAGAGCGAAAUUUCCUGCAGAAAGCCCAGAUGCUGGAGACAUAUGGUGUUGAUCCGCAUCCAUGCAAGGAUGUGUCUGGGAAUCCAGCAUUUCUCGCCUUCACACCAUUUGGUUUUGUGGUGCUUCAGGGAAACAAGAGAGUUCAUUUUCUCCAAUGGAACGAGGUGACCAAACUCAAGUUCGAAGGCAAGACGUUCCACAUAUAUGCAAAUCAGAAGGAGGACAAAAAGAUCAUCUUGACGUACUUUGCACCCACACCGGAGGCAUGCAAGCACCUUUGGAAGUGUGGAGUAGAGAAUCAAGCUUUCUACAAGCUUGAGAAGUCAAGUCAGGUUCGCACAGUGUCCAGCAGCAACCUGUUCUUCAAGGGCAGCCGUUUCCGCUACAGUGGACGAGUGGCAAAAGAGGUGAUGGAGCAGAGUGCCAAAAUCAAACGCGAACCUCCAGAAAUACACAGGGCUGGACUUGUGCCCAGCAGAAGUUGUCCGUCCAUCACCCACGGGCCUCGGCUCAGCAGCGUACCGCGCACGCGUCGAAGAGCUGUGCACAUAUCUAUCAUGGAGGGUCUGGAGUCGUUGCGUGACAGUGCCCACUCUACACCGGUGCGUUCAGUGUCCCAUGGGGAGUCCUUCAUACCCCGGUCCCGGAGCCAGGCCACAGACGGCAGUGAGGGGAUGGCGGUAAUAUCAGACGAGGCUUACAGCCCCUCUGACAGCGUCCUGCCCACCCCGGUGGCCGAGCACAGCAUGGAGCUGGCUGUCUCGCGCCAAAUCAACGGGGCGCCCUGCAGCAUUGAGGAGGAGAAGGAGUCGGAGGCGGGCACCCCGUCGCACGGGGAAGGGGGUGAUUUUGGUGCGGACGGUAGAUCUGCACAGGAGGGCGCUGGGGGGGACUCGGCCCUCAGCGAGGUAGAACAGGUGAAUAAGUUUGUCUUAAGUGUCCUCCGUUUGCUCCUUGUGACCAUUGGACUCCUCUUUGUCUUGCUCCUCCUCCUCAUCAUCCUCACCGAGUCAGACCUUGACAUUGCAUUUUUAAGUGAUAUCCGCCAGACCCCCGAAUUUGAGCAGUUCCAUUACGAAUACUUUUGUCCCCUCAGGCGGUGGUUUGCCUGCAAGCUCCGCUGGGUGGGCGGGUUGCUCAUUAACAAGUGAGAGUGAGGUCGUAGAGUCCGUAAACCCGUUCGGGGGUCUGAGAAGACGGUUAGGACUCCGGAGUGAUGGAGGGCAGCCUCGUCCCAACCAUGAACCCUGCUUCUCUCAUCCUCCUCCUGCAGACAUACAGCUUGGACCACUCCUGGUAACCUCCAGGAUCUCUCUCCCCCCUCCUCCUCCUCCUCCACUUUGAGUUGCCCUCCCACCCAACCACCUCCUCCUCGUUUCGCUUGCGUUCGUUUUUUUCUCUUUUCUUUUUUUUCUACAAAUCCAGGACACUUUUUUGUUGCGUUUUUUUUCUUUCUUUUUUUUUUAUUUCAAGCCAUUUCAGGUAUUUUAUUUUUUCAAAUAACACAAAGGAAAAAAAAUGUAACUGAAAAUCAAAGAAUUUUAAACAGUUCCUUUCAGAGGAACGGAAGAUUUUGCUGCAACGGAUGAGCGUUGCUUUCAUUUAUUAUUUAUUGCUUUUAAACACGGAUUUGCAUAAGAAAAGGAGACGAGAGAACGAGUGGUAAUCAGGGAAGUUGAUUUGUCGUUUAAAGAUGGAAGUGAGUCAUGUUAGUCAAAAAGGCCUCCUGCUGUGAAGUAUAUGUGAGUCAGUGGUGAAAUAUCUUUUGAUAGGAAUUCAUCCUCAUCUGAAGUCAAGGAGACAGACAGCAGAUUAACCUCAUUAGAAAAAAGAGAACAGUCUGAGGGGAAUAAUAGUGAAGGUUGAUGAAACAGAGAACAGACAGAGUGAUUACCAAAUGCCUUUUUUGAUUAAAUAUUGAAGACUGUUGGCAGUUUAGAGUUCAGUGGAUUGUUUAAGACACAGUUAGGCUUUAGUAUACGACGGUAUACAGUCAACUGAUGAAGAUCAAAAUUGAUUUUCUAGUGUUUUUUAAGGAUACAGUUAAAUAAAUCAGUACCAGUAGUGUCAUGUGACCCAGUAGUGUCAGUUAGAGAAAUACUCAUGAUGAGCAAAGAUUCACUGGCACCAAUAGAUUAUAGUCUAGAUAGACGUGCAAUGCUGAUAUGGUUUAAAAAAUUAAGUACUUUGAAUGUGCUCCUUUGUUCUGUUUGUUAUUUCUCCAGUGAAUUUGAUUUUUUUUCAUCAACUUGAAAUUCGAUGAAUUUCAAUUAUUUCUUUCUAUGAAGAGUUUAUGAUUUAUUUUGGUUUCAUAUCAACCUUGCUCUUAGGUUCAUGUAUCAUACUAUAUUACUAUUAUUGUUAGAAUAAGAGUAAUGAUGUACUUUUUGUACAAAUUAGUUUGUUUCCUAAUAUAUAUUGACAGGUUUUCCAUGUAUAUUUUAACAGAACUGAAAUGUUAUUUUGUUAUUGAAGAUUAAAUUAUACCUUUUUUAGCGCUGUGUUUCAAGUAAGGUCAGAAGCAUUUAUGGUAAAGUGGAAGGGGGUCGGAAAAAAAACAAAACAAACAAAAAAAAAACCAGGGCUUUUAUCCAGAUCCACUAAACACUGAUCACACCUCUCAUCUGUCCACCAGCAGUGAAUCAGUCUUCAGCAGUGUGUGUGCAAUUUUAAAGAUCAUUUUGAGCAUGUAUUUGUAUCGAAUACAAUCUGGAUUCAUCAUUUGUAUUACUGCAAAUACCAAAUAAUCCAAAAACACAUUUUCAGCUGUCAUACUUUUGUCAUAUCUUAUUUUACUUGAAGAGUUUGGAGAGGUGACUGUGAGCCUGACCGACUGGAUCUGCACCGAAAACAAAAUGCUUGACUCAUAAAAUUAAUUUGGAGAAUUUAGAAAGCAAAACUAGAGCUGAAACAGCCGUUUGGCAUAAAAUACCAAACAAUUUCUGGGUUCAAUUAAAGCUUUUUCUGUUGUUUUCUGCAUUACAAAUUUCACAUCUUUGGAUUUUUGACUGUUGGUCGACAACAAAAUGAUGUCACGUUGAGGAGUGACAACUUCCAAUUGAUUAUUCUAGAGAAAAUAGGCAGCUUAACCAGCAAAAUUAAUAGCAAGUUGCAGCAUGAAACAAAACAUUUUGUAAAUAAUAAAUUAAGAAUAAUGACUAAAACAUCUAUUUUUCAGUAGACUGCUAGACAAACUAUAGCAUGUUAUAACAUUUUCACCUCCUGAUCUUUUUACUUGCUUUCUUCUUUUAAUUUUUAAAAUAUUUACUCUCAAAAGACAUCUGCCCCUCGAUAUUUCGGUCAGGCUCUAGACUCUUCUGCCUCUCAGCUCCAGGGAGCAAUAACUGUCACGGCUGCUGGAUUCUGGUUAAAGUCUGUUUUUUGUAUUGUGUGUACCUCCUGUACCAGGUGCAGGUGUAAGUGUUAGCGUGUCUGUAUGUAGGAAACAGAAACAAGAUUCAAGGUGAUAGCGGAGGAGUUGUUUUUUAGACGGUAAAGACAAGAGGGAUGUUAGGAGGAAAAAGGCAUAAGUGAAAGAGGUCGAGAACAAAAUGAGAGGUCUGCUUCUUUGAAAGUAGCUUUUUAAAAUACUAAAUGGGACUGGAAGGCACUUGUUGACAUCAAUCUAAUGGCUGUACAGGGUUAAUUUUCUUUCUUUUUUUUGCCCCCUCGCCCUCUGCAGCUGCUCCACUGAAAGCCCAAUGGUGCUACUUUCUUUGUUUGCUCCUGUGUAAAUCCAAGCGUAACGGCCCUCGGCUAGGUUGUAGUCCUGACCACAGAGUAGCAUGCACUUUGGCGUUGUGGCUGGAUCCACUUCUGUAGCUCAUUACGUUUCACAAACCGUAGUUAUCUCUGGCGAAGGCAGCAGCAAAGACAUUUUCCAACACAAUGCAGGAGGAAAUAUCAAAUCUUUAGAGCUACGCUGGCAAGCAACCUGUCAUGCAUACAGUGUGAGAGCUUAUUUAUGUCAAGUUAAUCGUUUUCAACUGGGAUGCAAAGAUGAAGCACAUUUUUUCCUAACAGCUGGUGGAGCAGGGUGGUGGGUGGGUUGAUUUUUUUUUUUUUGGUGUACAUUCAUUUUUCUUACUUCUACACUGAGGUCAAUACGAGCCAUCCCGUCCAGCCAGGCUGAGUUGUUUGACAUCUUUUAAAGUCUGUCUGUAAAGGUGUUUCUCUCACAUCGAUCAGCAUUAUGUAGCUUCAGCGGUCUCUCUGAACAUGCAACAACGAAGAAAAGGCAGCAUUAUUCAAGGAGCAAUAACUGUAAGAGCAAAAAGAUGUGAUUUACAAACUUGUGUAUGAAAAUCCAAUGAUGAAUAAUGUUUGAUAAGUCAAAAAAAUGUCCUGUUUCUAGAAUAGAAUUUACCAAAUUGCUGUUGUGCCGACUCUAACGAUGGUGUGACCACAGAGACACUUAGUUGCCGUUGCAUUCAGUAAUAACAUUUUAUAAAAAUCAAUUUUUCCUUAGAGACCUCUUGUGUGAAUGUUUGUUCUGCUGUUUUCUUUGCUGUUUCAUUGUUAAGCGACAGAGAGUUCCCCGUGCCUGGAUCCUCACUCUGCAGUUUACCAAAGUGGCAAAGAUGAAGGAAUAGGGACAGAAAGAUCAACUACAGACUUCUCUAUCCUUAAAUCUCCCAGGCCAAGAGGGAAACGGUGUACAUCUCUGUCUGAAACUGUUUGUUCACCGGGCAGCCCAAAAUCUCUGAGUUUCUUUGCAGGCAUGUUUCAUGUGACAAACCUGACUUUGCAUCUACAUUUCAGUUGCUGUUUUCAUGUUUACAUUUUCUUUUACUUCAUGGGAGAUGGCUAUAGGUUGGCCAGAUGUGUGACUACUGUUGAUGUAGUUUGUGAUCCCUGAUUUAUAAAGGAAAUCAGAUCGCCUGUACUUGAAAAAGUGUAUCUAUUCAAACCAUAUGUGGUGCACUGUAAGAUAAAAUAACAAUUUUAGCCUGAAAAUUUAGGAUACUGGAGAUGGGGACAGACAUAAUAACAGAAACAAUUGCAUGGUAUAAUGUAAUUCCAUACAAUAACCAAGCAGCUUACAUUUUCUGUCAAACUUGGGAUGAAUUCUUAUGAAGACUGCAUCAAAAGAUGUUUGGGUCAAUGUCUGAGGUUGAAUUUUGAGGUGUCUGUUAUUUUGUCUACUCCCAGUAUUUUCCUACAUAUUUCCAUAAUCAUCAAAUCCCUAAAAACAUAGUUUCACACAUCUGAUCAGGAUUUCAGUUUCAAAGAAUGUUCAUAGUGGUUCUUAAAACAUCAUUCUUAAGAUUUUUGUUGAUAUUUAUCUGAUAGAAAGAAUUACAUAAUCAAUUUACACGACCAAAAUCAAUUGGCGAUUGAAUUUUAAUUCCUGGCCAAAGUCCCCGUCACAUUAUUGCUGCAUUGAGGGGUUGGAAUUGGUCACAACUGAGAACAUAUCUCUCUGCUUUUUGCCCCCUCUGCUAGCUCCCAGUAGACAGACCCUCACACAACCGUGCAUACACGUAAAUCAGUGUUUAUGCAUAUCCAUGUCUGGUGGUGUGUCCUGUAGUCUGCCUCGUUCUAUCCUCGGAUUGGAGAUUGCUGUUUAAUUGCGUUAAAUAUACAACUAUAUAUAUAUAAAUCCAUGUGCCAAAUCCAGUUCUUGUUCAGUCCGAUCCAUUCCGAACCCAUGUUUGUACUGUAGGUAACCUUCUGUACAAGUCAGUAUAAAAUAUUGUUUCUCUCCAAUAGUCCCUUGUAACUGGUGCCAUUAAAUAAAACUAUUCAAACUUGAAAUAAACAUUAAAUAAAAAUGUG